AUGUUUGGCGUGAUCAUGAUUGCUCGGUUACAUGCCAUGUAUCAGGGAUCUAGAACGAUGCUUAUCUUCCUUGUUACUAUAUUUCUGGCUAUAAACAUCACCUGCGGAGUAAUCGCGGCAAUAGUAUUCAACAAUGUUGUAGCAGAGGAGUUCAUACUCUCUGGCACGUAUAUGUGCUAUUAUGAAAUUGAUGGGGACGAGCAACUUCUGUUUUCGAUGAAUUGGACGCUCAGCACUGUUUGGGAGGUCAUCGCAUUGUGUCUUUCAGUUUGGGCUGCUGUGAAACACUUCCGUGAGCUACGACGACUCGGCCCAUCGACAGGAUCGACCAUCGGGGACUGUUUCAUGGUGCUCAUACAAUCUCACGUUCUUUAUUUUGCAAGCUAUGUUGGUGUCUCUUCCUUCCAGAUUUCUAAUCUCUCUCCAGAAAUAUCGAAUUCGCAUUUUAUUGGAGCUCAGAUACUCGGAGGUGCUAUUCAAAUUUUAUUGGUCGUGCAGAUGUUUGUACUGGGACCACGCCUCGUCCUGAGCGUUCGAGAAUACCACGCCAAACUCGUGGCAUCCUCCGACGUAGAAACUAGCAUGAGAUCGAUUGUUUGCCGGGAGCAUGUACAUGUAUCGACUAGCAGUACUGUGUAG